AUGAGCCACCGCCUGAACGACCUCACUAUAGAGGGCCAAUAUACCCUCCUCUCAUACCUCGAAGAUCCAAGUGCGAUUGAACGCUUCUGUAAUGUCUUCCCUCAGUACCGAAGGACCUAUUAUACCCUCGUCGACAGGUUUGAAAAUAUCAAUCCCAACUGGAUCCUUCAAGAUUCCCGAAUUUACGCCCGCGAAAGCAUCUGGAUUGCCUGUUACCGUGGAGUUUUGAACAGAUGGGAUACCCCGACAGCAGACGUUAAGGAGGCAAUUGACCAAUAUGUUGCUUACAACGUCACAAACAGAAGGAUGGAGAUCGCUGAAUGGCAGAGAGGGGACGACAGCUGCUACGAUAGGCCAAUUGAUAGCAUUAAAGACAAAUUGACCGCUAACCACCGAUACAUCCUCAAAGUCUACCGAAACAUAGUCGGGCACGAAUUGAACAGACGCGACGCCACUGAGAAUGGUGGCGCGGUUCGUCGAAUCCUCUUAGCUGGAGGCCGACGCCCGGGUAAGGCCGACAGGGUUCGAAUCUGGCCUACAGUUGAAGAGGAGCAACGUAUCGUUCGAGCACUUUACAGACUCUGGGUUCUCGUUCUCAUGAGCUGCGAGCAUGAGAAGCCAUUGGACCGUAAUAUGUGGCUAGGGUGUGUUAUGAGCAUCUGGAACGCCGAUUUCUGGGGUUCUAUGCACGUCAUGUCCGUCCAGAAGAUCAUAUACGACGCCAUCGCAUCCGCCAUCGAUGAAACUAUAUAUAAAGAUAAAGAGAAGACAAUCCGUAAGGAUGGUAUCGAUCCAGUAAUGUUCGAAACCGAAUUCAAAACUGAAAUCGCCUCUACGUCCCUCCUUCACGAUUUUCCUACGUUGACCCCAAACUGGUUCCGAGUCGUUGAAACUCCCUUCAACCCACAAAAACGAGAAGAUCAUAUUAGCGACAUACGCGAAUUUUUGAAGCGCAAAAUCUGCAUCGAUCGCGAUGUACCAUCUGCCAACCUCUGCAUCUUCGACACCCACUAUGAAUUCUACAAACAAAUUCUUGUUUCCGACCGAUUCAUCAACCAAAACAUCAGUUACCAAAGAGUAUCCAAGCAUGGAGCGAAUCUUGAAGUCAUGCCGUAUACGGGAAACAUGCUCUGGGUCCAAAUUGGCGAUAUCAAAGACCCCGCGGCGUCUUCUUUGGAUCUGACCGUUGCUCUCUGGGACAAUUGGAGGUGCAAAACUUGGGGGUUUAAGAAUCCUUCAUUUAACAGGACUAAUGUUUCAUUGGUCCCCGCCACUUCUCACUAA